AUGAGAUCAGAAUACGCUAAGGAGUGUGCGAUCAUAGGGUCAGCUUCUCAGCUUAUGGUGAGACUAGUCGAGCUGACACUCUUCUUGCGAGCUCGGCCAGUCCCAGACCUCACCAGCCCGACGCCGUCUAAGCGUCGGUGGAGACUCAGAGAUCGUUCAAGCCUCAAGGCGUGGCCAAGAACCGUACCCGCCCCCUCGGUACCGGUCCGCCGGGGUAGCGUCGGCCCGCCUGUCUGGCUGGGCUACACGCUAGCGGAACCUAAUCUGGCAGCUGGAUUUUGGCGCGUGCGUGUGCGCGUCCACCUUGACCUCUUCGUGACCUCUCCUCUCUAUUCUCUACUAUCUACUUCUCUCUCGCCUCUCGAAUCUCCGCCCGUACUCAACCCGCAGAGCUCCACCAUGUCAGGCUCCGAAGCUGGGCAGGAAGGGCGGCCGGGAAUUAGAGCUGAUAGGGCAUCCGCGUCCCUGGUCGACUCCAAGGGCAAGACACUCACAUUUCACCCUCAAUUCGAUGAGAGACGACCUGGCUCAGUCAUUCUCCAAUCCGACGACAAGGAGCCUAUAUGCUUUUAUUACCCCCUCCCCCCUCUACAGGUCCUCUCAUCCUUCUUCCUCGAUCUCCCUCCCCCUUCCUCCGUCGACCUCGUCGGCGAUACACCUCUCAUACCCCUCCUCGAGGCCUCCUCACGCGACGUCCUCAUAUUACUUCUCGCUAUACAGUCUAUCGACAAUUCGGUCCCCUUUCAAGUUCCCCACUGGGUCCGGCACGCUCAAUGCGCCGCUGUGUGCGAAGCGGCAAUCAUCGGUCGUCGGCUGGGCGUCGCUCUCCUACCACGGCUAUUGCAAGAAGGGCUCUCUGCCAUUUAUGGAAAUGCCAGCUUCCUCAUCUUCGCCGUCUGGGCGAUCAGUGACGUCCACCCAAUGACGGCACGUGCAGCGGAGCGGACAAUAGAACACGACAUCACCGGGGUACAUCGGGAUGUUGUCAUGGCGCUCAGUCAGCAUGCCCCGGACGCCUGGAUCAGGCUGCAAGCUCUUCAUCUGCGGCGCUUGAAGGGGAUCGACCGGUUCCGUCGUGCAUACUAUUCGACGGGCAGCGUCCCGGGAUGCGACCACUGCGGCGAGCUUAGUCUCACAUUGACGGAUGCUAUCAGGGUACGCUUCGAGGCGGCGAAGACGGUGAAGGAGAUAGAGCAGGUUGGGGAUCAUGACUGGGGAUUGGAGUGCGGGUAUUGUGCGCAGAAUGCUAUUCGACAGUACGAAGAUCUGAUGGAGUGGUUCCGGCGGUACACAUCUAGUUACGACUUUGACUACACCUACGAGGAAUCAGCAGCGGCAGAGCAUGCCAGAAACGGCCAGUCGACUACUUGCCGGUUCACGGUCUUCUUCGCUGCGCAGAUUGAGGAGCGAGUGAUGAGCCAUGCUACAGAGUGGAUCCGUCCUGUGCGCUCUCUUGAUCUUGCUGGAGGCGCCAGGCCGAGAAGGGCCUGCACUCUGAGGCGUUCCGUUACAGAUACCAUGUCCGUCGCAGAAGUCCAGGAGACCGCGACUCCCAAGAUGGAAUUCCACCCACACUUCGCCACCCAGCACGCCGGAGACGUCAUCCUCCAGGCCGACGAUGUGGAAACUCCCUACUUCUACUACAGGCUCUCCCGGCUUGCCGAGCUCUCCACUUUCUUCGCCGACCUUCCCCCUCCAUCCCCCAACGACCUCAUCGGAGACAACCCCAUCAUCAAACUCCCCGACACUACCAGUGCUAGUCUCUCCAUCUUCCUCCACGCCAUCGAUUCCCUGACCAAAAUCACAACGUCGAUCCAGGGCUCGGGUACCUCGGAGCCGGUCAUCAAGGCCGCCCUCAUCGGCGAUCGGUAUGAUCUACCAGUGAUCUACCGUCUCCUCGUCGAGAACGAGGAAAAUCGGCCCGUUCUCCCCCCAGGUCACUCACUGGGCACCAUCUUCGCGCUCUGGGCGCUCAGCGGAGCGGAUCGGCGGAUCGCUACGGCCGCCACAGCCACCGCCUUAACGUCCUUCUUCGACAUCACCCAAACCCCAAAGCAUACCAUCGAGAUCCUCCAGCAGUACGCUCCCCUCUGCUGGAGUAAGCUCCAAGCGCUCCACCUCCGGCGGGCAAGCGCUCCGUACCGUUUCAUUCGGGAAUGCAAUCUAUCAGUCAGUCUCUGCUGCUGUGAGAAAUGCGGGAAGGCGGGUGUGAAUCUCGAUCAAGACAUCCGGGACAGGGUGCGGAAAGCUCGGAACACAGCAGAGAUGAAGGUGUUGAUAAGAUCGGGGUACGGGGUAAUCGACCACAUGUAUAUGCGACUCUUCCUCCUGGCUUUUAUAAGUGCAUACAGCUGUAGGAUGCAUGUUCAUGAGCUACGAGAAUUUUCAGCUUCUGCCAGGCGUUUCGCCUUCACCAUUCCAAUCAACCGCACAUAUCACUCCCUCAAUCCCGGUGUCGACACUUCACCUACACCUGCCCGUCCACACCUUCACAUAGCUCCAGCAGCAUCAGCAUCUGCUCCGCUCUUCGACUCGAAGGGCGUCAAGCUCUCUUUCCACCCCGACUUCAAAACCAAGAAGGCCGGCGACAUCAUCCUCCAAGCUGACGAUGAGCGUGCCCUCUGCUUCUUCUUCCCCCUCUCUACCCUCCAAUUCCUCUCCUCCUUCUUCCGCAACCUCCCUCCUCCAUCGGAAAGCGAUAUCGUCGGUGGCUUCGCCCUCAUCCCCAUGCUCGACACACCUUCCCGCGGGCUUCGCGUCUUCCUCCUUGCCCUCCAAUCCAUCGAAGAACCCACACCAUUCACAUACCCCGGCCACCGUGAUGGAGAUAUCGCAAUUUGCGAGGCGGCGGUCAUCGGUCGGCGUUUCGAUGUCCCUCUGAUGUCGAGACUCCUGCUGGAAACGCGAACCUCCUCGGCUUUUCAGGAGCCCUUCAUCAUAUUCGCCAUAUGGGCUAUUGCUGGCAUCGAGCCAAGCAUCCAGUCAGCCGCUGAGGCCACGUAUGGUACGGACGCUAUCCCAAUCACCCACGUCAACCAGGACAUCGUCAGGAUCAUCAAACGACACGCUAUAGCCAGCUGGUCGCAGCUGCAAGACCUACACCUCCGUCGGUCUGUUGGUCUGGCCUUCUUCAAGCAGCACUUCGCCUUUAAAGAGUUGGAGGCGGGGAACCCCUGCAUCUCGUGCAACAAGGACGGGGAGGCGAUCACCGCAGCUGCGCAUGACCGGAUCGGCAAGGCGGAAACCAUACCGCAAAUCUUGGCGCUGUGGGAUGACAACUACGAGAUGGAUUGUCCUCAUUGUAUGUGUGCUGUUUCCAAUCUCUAUAUUCCCCUUAUGGCUUGGUUCCAACAGUAUACUACGGAGUGGGAGUACGUCAAGCCUUAUGCCGAGUGGAUGGAAGAGAGUAUUUACUCCUCGUAUAGACAUCAGAAGCGUUAG